GACGAAACUUUUCCAGGUAUGCUUUCAGUUAAAUUGUGUUGAAAAUGAACUGUUUAAAUAUUCAUCAUUAUGAGUAACACUACUACACAGCUCAACUUCUAUCAAUAUAAUAUUUUUUUGUAGGAAAUGAAAACCGCGGGAAGGUUCCUUUUGGAGUGUGUGUUUGCCACUGCCACUGCACUGAUACUUCUGAAUUUUUACCUCAACCACGUCUCCAACAGUCGGAAACCUGCCUCCAUUUUUGACACCAACAGAAGUAGCGAUGCGGAAAUAGAUGUUUUUCAAGAUCUCCUCUCAGGGACAGUGGAAGCGCUAGAUCCUAGGCUCCUGGAGUUCGUGAAACGUAGACUGCUGUAUGCGCCGUCUAAGAGGCCUCGGAAUCUCACAACGCCCAACGCAGUUCAUUUUUCCCAUAGCGGACAAAGUAAAGUGGUCGAUAAAUGUCUGCGCCAAAAACUCGACGGGUUCUUUGUGGAGGCCGGUGCCUGGGAUGGAGAGACGGACAGCAACUCAUUGUUUUUUGAAAUAUCACGUAAUUGGACCGGGAUACUGGUUGAACCCGACCCUAGAAAUUUUGAGGAACUUGUCAUGAAAAACAGGGCGGCAACAAUAGUCCAGUCUUGCAUCACAGAUAAGCCCAUGUGGGUGGACUUCGCGCUGUCCAGCAGCUUAGACAGCGGAGCCAUCGACCCAAUAAAUAAACGCAUUGCUAUUACAGGAAAGAGAAAAAUACUGUGCCUGCCGAUUCAAACGCUUUUAGGCGCCAUGGGUAGAACGCACGUGGACUUCUUUUCCCUGGACGUAGAGGGGGUGGAACUGAAUGUGCUUCAAGCUUUUCCUUGGGAUAAAAUAACGGUUGAUAUGUGGACAGUCGAAGUUCAUCAACUCACAAAAAACUAUACUCAAGCGUUAAGAGAUAUUAGAGAGGUAUUUAAUAGAACCGGAAUGUAUAAAGAAGUACAGCCACUCGGACAAGAUUUAUUGUUUGUGCGAAAAGACAUCCACUAAACAUCAGGGGAUCAUUUUUCCUCUUUACAAUUGUUUUCCGUAGUUAUAUAUAUCUAUUAAUUUUUUUAUUUAUUGACAUGGAAAUCUGACCAAAUGUGCAGACUGUUUGAAAAAAGAGGCUGAAUAGAUAUAAUUCAUUUGACUUGAAAUCUAAAUAAUUCAGGCAUUACACACAGCGUAUAAUAGUAGGGAUGUUGAGAUGAACUAGCAAUGGACACGUGUCCUCAAGAAAGUAGUUGGUUGUCUCCAUUGUUUCAGUCUCCCCUUUGCAUUUUAAGUCUAGUUUUGUACACCGUGGUAAUGUUUUACCUAUUUCACUGUUUACAUGAGUAUGGAAUAUUUAAUUAUUGCUUUUACAAACUGUACUUAUUAAAGUGUUGCAAUUCAAAUCCCCGCAAGUGAUUUUAUGUACCAUGCAUGCAUUAUAGGCCUAUCCGUCACUGUGUCACGAUUAACAGGCACCAUUACAAUCAUAUUUCAAUAAAAAUGU